AGACGGAACCGCUCCCGGAUGAUCUGCGUCCCAGAAGCCUACUCUGUUACGAGAGUUAAUGUGAGGACGCCUACAGUCAGCGCCAGGAACAGACACGAGUGGAAGCACCUGCAGGAUCUCAGCAUUCCAGAAUGCACAGCUGGAGAAGUGGAGCUCCUGUUGGGCGCCAACUGCUUGGAAGCAGUACUUCAGACGGAGGCCAGGGUAGGUCAACGUGGGCAGCCAACAGCCAUCAGGACCGCCUUCGGAUGGUCGCUGACCGGGAGUGUCUUCGGUUGUAAGCCAGACGGACCCAAAGAAGUGAUGUUUCUCCAGAAAGCAGACCAAGAACUCACCGACACUCUCCAGGACUGGUGGAGUACAGAGGCCUUCGGGACCAAGCUCGCCGGAGAUGGGCUCUCCCCAGAAAAUGUGAAGACAAUGAAGAUCCUGGAGGAAACGACAAGGCGAGUGGGUGACAGCUACGAAGUCGGUCUGCCCUGGCGUGACGAGCAAGCGGAGAUGCCAGACAACCACAAGAUGGCUCUAAAACGUCUCACGUCGUUGGAACACAGCCUGAUGCGGAAGUCAGAGAAAGCCAAGCUGUAUUCUGAGGUCAUUGAAGGAUACGUGGAUCAGGGAUACGCCCGAAAGGUCUCCUCAGAAGAGAAGCAGCUCAAGGAGAAGAAAAGAUGGCUGCUUCCUCAUCACGCCGUCACACGGCCGGACAAGCCGAAGCCUCGUGUGGUGUUUGAUGCGGCUGCCGAACAGGACGGGAUUUCUCUCAACACGGAACUCCUCAAAGGACCUGACUUGCUCCAGAACCUGUGUGCAGUUCUGCUACGUUUCAGGGAGGAGCAGUGCGCCCUUGUCGCUGACAUCUAUCAGAUGUUUCACCAGAUUAGAGUGCGUCCACAGGACCAGCCAGCACUCUCCUUUCUGUGGAGGAGUAUCGACCUCAAGAAACCUCCCGACAUGUACCAAAUGUGUGUUGUGAUAUUCGGGGCCAAGUGUAGCCCUACCGUGGCCAAUCACAUCCUGCGCCGCGCUCUGACGGAGAACCCUGGGACCGGGGGGACCGAAGUUGAUCGUGAGUCACUGGUAGCAAGCUUCUACAUGGAUGACUACCUUCGGUCGGAACCAAGUGUGGAAGCAGCAAGGGCUGCGCGCCGGGAAGUCACGACCCUCUUGCGCCAAGGAGGGUUCCGCCUAACCAAGUGGCGCAGCAAUCUGCCAGGGCUGCUGGAAGACAUUGAAGAAGACGACCGUGACGUCAGUCAGAAGACUCUCACGUUGGUAAAAGGUACACCGCAAAAGGCGCUGGGUUGUGUGUGGUCCCCCAGCGCGGACACUCUCAGUGUCCGUGUGAAAGAGGUUGAUGUGGCCUCUACGAAGCGAGGGGUGUUGCAGAGAACAGCCAUGCUCUUUGAUCCGCUUGGGAUCAUCACUCCGUUUGUGCUGAUCGCCAAGUGCCUCAUACAGACGCUGUGGCAGAAGAAGCUGGCAUGGGACGAAGACAUGCCCGAAGAAGAGCUGGUGAUAUGGAAGAACUGGCUGGGAGAACUGUCCUAUCUGGAAGAUCUGGCUGUACCUCGAUGCUUGAAGUCUGCUGUCACUGAAGAGGUUCACACGGUCGAACUACAUCUGUUCGCUGACGCUUCAGAGCGUGCCUUUGCCGCCGCAGGGUACGUUAGGUUCACAGACGCCGCGGGUCACCACCACAGUGCCCUCAUCAUGUCGCGCUCGCGAUUGGCUCCGCUCAAGCAGUUGUCCAUUGUGCGUCUUGAGCUGCAGGCGGCGGUCUUGGCGGUGCGUUUGGCGGGCAUCAUCAGGAAGGAGAUGUCGUAUGCCUUCAGCCGAACUGUGUUCUGGACGGACAGUCAGGUGGUGCUCCAGUUCAUCUCUAACGAAAGUCGCACGUUCCGUACCUUUGUCGCCAACAGGGUAGCGGAGAUUAGAGAAUCGUGUGAACCAUCUGAUUGGAAACAUGUACCAGGAAAGCAGAACCCAGCGGACAUAGCCUCUCGAGGGAUGUCAGCCUCGAUGCUGAAGGAGUGUGACCUCUGGUGGUCGGGACCCGAAUUCCUGACCCAAGACGAACAAGAGUGGCCGAAGACGCGGAUCCCGGGUCUCCAUCCAGAGCAACCUGAACUCAGGAGGACCUCUGUGAAGACGAUAGUCGCCUUCGUCGGUGAUUCGCAGUCCAGGCUCGUGGAUCCUUCGGCCUACUCGUCGUGGAGCAAGUACCGGCGAGUAGUGGCCUUGUCUCUGCGGUUCGUCAGCAAUCUCAGAUCAGCGAUAACAAAGAAGCCCAAGCAGAGCGGAGUGCUGAACGUCGACGAGCUGAAGAGAGCAGAACUCCUGAUCUUUCGGGAAGACCAGGCAAAGAUGGCGCUCGACUCGCCAACUGACCUGUCUCUCUUUCGUGACGACCAGGGCCUCAUCAGGGCGAAGGGUCGCCUUGGUAGUGCACCACUGGCUGAGAUCUCCCGAGAGCCGAUCGUGUUGCAUCCCUCCAGUGAUGUUACGCGACUGAUCGUCUCAGAUCUUCACGUGAGAUCCAUGCACGCGGGAAUGAGCCACACUCUGAACCAGUUUCGGUUCAUCGGACGGCGAGGGAGGCCGAGGUGUAUCUGCUCUGACAAUGGCACCAACCUGGUGGGCGGAGAGCGAGAGCUGCGAGAGGCGUUGGCUGAAUGGAAUCAGCGGAAGAUCGACGAGUCUCUCAGCCAGAUGGACAUCGUGUGGAAGUUUAAUCCACCGACGGCGAGUCAUAUGGGUGGUGCCUGGGAAAGGCUCGUCGCCUCGGUGAAGAGGGCCCUCCGUGCCGUGUUGGGAAAUCAGACGGUGUCCGACGAUGUCCUGCACACGACUGUCGUCGAGGUGGAGUAUGUCAUAAAUUCACGCCCGCUCACCUACGUCUCAGGAGCCAACAGCGAUCCGGAGUCGAUCACUCCAAACCACUUCCUUCUUGCUGGAGAGACGGCGAGCGCGUCAGGACUUCCUCCGGGCGUCUUCGAGGACGGCGACACGACCCGCAAACGUUGGCGGCAUGUGCAGAUGCUCACGAAUCAAGUGUGGAGAAGGUGGUUGCGGGAGUAUCUGCCGACUCUCAUCUCGCGCAAGAAAUGGAACAAGGAGAGACCAAAUCUCGCCGUGGAUGAUGUCGUCCUGGUGAUGACGGAGGACACGCCUAGAGGCUUCUGGCCUCUUGGUGUGGUACAGGAGACCUACCCAAGCGCUGAUGGGACCGUGCGUUCGGUCCUCGUCCGUACACCGACUGGGGUGUACAAGAGACCCAGCCUCAAGCUUUGUGUGCUAGAGAGGUCUAGUUCCCAGUAA